CACGCCGUGGCUGGAGCAGCCGCCAGGCUGGGCCGCGCGAGGCGGAGCACUGCCGUGGACACCCACCGGCAGGCGGGCGGCCUGACCCAGCAGUCGCAGUCAACGACUGGCGCGCCGGGGUCCGGGAAGGCGCUGAGGGCUGCCGCGAGCUGUGGGGCCGCGGUUUGCAGGAGGCUGUGGGGAAGCGGCUGAAGUCCCGGCACUCACGCGCCUUCAGAGGCGGGGAGCCCCGCCGCGCACAGAGGCCUGCCUCGGCUGCCCCUGGCCUCGCGAGGCCUGCGUCUCCUCCGCUGCUCCUCAGAGUGCGGGGAGACACUGCUGGCGGUGGGGCCUGAGCGCGGCGCCCCCUCCUCAGCUUCGGCCUGACAGCCUAGCAGCCGGCACUUUUGACCCCAGUAGAGCCUAGGGGACUCCCUGCAGGAAGACGGCAAGACUGGUGCGUGGUGGCACCAGCUGAGGGAACGGGGUUGGUGCUGGGAGGAGAGGACCGUCCGCUUACGAGAAAGCAGGCCCCAAGGCAUGAGAAGGAGGGAUGCUCGAGAAAGACACCGGCCCCUUCUUUUUCUGUGCUGGGUGGUGAUCCAAAACCCAUGGGGAAAGAUCAUUGCCGAACACCUGGAUCGGGUCUGUCAUGUACAGAGGAAGCAGCUGUUUUACGUGUUUGCUAGUCUGAAAGAAGUAUCUGUGAAUUGAAGCCGAGGGUUUGCUCAUCUCAGAGAGGAAGACAGGAAUCAAAGUCAGGAGCCUACUGCAGCAUCUGGCUGCUCUUCUACCACCUGAGCACCCUGAUUGUGCCACCCUGUAGGCCAUGGAGAAUGAGCUGCCGGUCCCACACACGUCCAGCUGUGCCGGUGCCACAAGCAGCAGUGGGGCCAACAGCAGCAGUGGCUGCAGCAAUGGUGGCAAUGGCCGCCCCACAGGACCCCAGAUUUCUGUGUACAGUGGUAUUCCUGACCGGCAGACUGUGCAGGUGAUCCAGCAGGCCCUGCACCGGCAGCCCAGCACAGCAGCUCAGUACCUGCAGCAGAUGUAUGCCGCUCAGCAGCAGCACCUCAUGUUGCAGACAGCUGCCUUACAGCAGCAGCAGCUCAGCAGCGCCCAGCUCCAGAGCCUGGCAGCUGUACAGCAGGCAAGCCUGGUGGCCAACAGACAAGGGAGUACUUCUAGCAGCAGUGUGUCUGCACAGGCCCCAUCCCAGUCAUCUUCGAUCAACCUGGCAGCCUCUCCGGCUGCAGCCCAGCUCAUCAACCGGGCCCAGAGUGUCAAUUCAGCCACAGCCUCAGGCCUUGCCCAGCAGGCUGUGCUGUUGGGCAACACAUCUUCUCCAGCCCUGACUGCAAGCCAAGCACAGAUGUAUCUCAGGGCACAGAUGCUCAUCUUCACGCCCACGGCCACCGUCGCUACUGUGCAGCCUGAGCUCGGCACUGGUUCCCCCGCGCGGCCCCCUACCCCGGCCCAGACCCCUCUCUUCCAGGUACAGAACCUGACCCUCCGAACACAGCAGACACCAGCUGCAGCAGUCUCGGGCCCUACCCCCACUCAGCCUGUCCUGCCCAGCUUGGCCCUGAAACCUACACCAGGCAGUAGCCAGCCUCUGCCUACCCCAUCACAGGGCAGAAACACUGCUCAGGGUUCUCCUGCAGGUGCCAAGCCUGGCUUAGCUGACAAUGUGAUGGAGCCACUCAAGAAAGGAGAUAGCAACAGCAGCCUGCCAGGGAGUGUGGAGAGCCGGGCUGGCCUCGGCCGGACGAUCCCUGCUGUGGCCACCCAUCCCCUUAUUGCACCAGGCCCUUGGUUCCACUCCCCCACUCCCACCUCCGGAAUGGAAAGCAGCUGGGGGAAGCCUCCUAGGGCUUAUGCUCAACUGCAGCCACAUCAGCUCCUCCCACAGCCAUCAUCAAAGCACCUGCAGUCCCAGUUUGUGAUCCAGCAGCAGCCACAGCUGCAGCAGCAGCCCCAGCCACCACGGCCUGCAUCCCAAGCCCAGGCCCAACCCCAGCUCGCCUCAGUCCUCCCAAGUGUGGCUUUGCAGCCCAGUUCAGAAGCCCACACCAUGCCACUAGGCCCAGCUACACCCACCCUGCCACUCCAGUGUCCCACUGCCCAUCUACACAAGCCUGGCAGCAGUCAGCAAUGUCACCUUCCCACGUCUGACCCUGGGCCUCAGAAUGGACAUCCUGAGGACAUGUCCCACACCCCUCAGCGCAGGUUCCAGCACACCUCAGCUGUCAUCUUACAGCUACAGCCUGCUUCGCCAGUGCCUCAGCAGUGUGUCCAUGAUGACUGGAAAGAAGUGGUGCCUGGGGAGAAGAGUGUGCCUGAGCCUCGGUCAGGCCCAUCACCACCUCAGCAAGCCAUUGUCACUGCCAUGCCUGGUAGCCUGCCUAUACCCAAGAGCCCUAACAUCCAGCAGUCCCCAGCUCACGAGACAGGGCAGGGCAUUGUUCAUGCACUGACCGACCUCAGCAGCCCCGGCAUGACCUCAGGGAACGGAAAUUCUGCCUCCAGCAUCACCGGCACUGCCCCCCAGAAUGGUGAGAAUAAACCACCACAGGCCAUUGUGAAACCCCAAAUCCUGACGCAUGUUAUCGAAGGGUUUGUGAUCCAGGAGGGGGCGGAGCCUUUCCCGGUGGGACGCUCGUCCUUGCUGGUGGGGAAUCUCAAAAAGAAGUAUGUACAGGGGUUCUUGCCUGAGAAACUUCCACAGCAGGAUCAUACCACCACCACUGACUCAGAGAUGGAGGAGCCCUACCUGCAAGAAUCCAAAGAGGAAGGUACUCCCCUCAAACUCAAAUGUGAGCUCUGUGGCCGGGUGGACUUUGCCUACAAGUUCAAGCGGUCCAAACGCUUCUGUUCCAUGGCUUGUGCAAAAAGAUAUAAUGUGGGAUGUACCAAGCGAGUGGGACUUUUCCACUCAGACCGCAGCAAGCUACAGAAGGCAGGGGCCACAACCCACAACCGCCGCCGGGCCAGCAAAGCCAGUCUGCCAACACUUAGCAAGGAUACCAAGAAACAGCCAACAGGCACUGUACCCCUUUCAGUUACUGCUGCAUUACAGCUGACGCACAGCCAGGAAGACUCCAGCCGUUGCUCAGAUAACUCAAGCUAUGAGGAACCCCUGUCACCCAUCUCAGCCAGCUCUUCCACCUCCCGCCGGCGACAAGGCCAGAGGGACCUGGAGCUCCCUGACAUGCACAUGCGGGAUCUGGUAGGCAUGGGACACCACUUCCUCCCAAGUGAGCCCACCAAGUGGAACGUAGAAGAUGUCUAUGAAUUCAUCCGUUCUCUGCCAGGAUGCCAGGAGAUCGCAGAGGAAUUUCGUGCCCAGGAGAUUGAUGGACAAGCCCUGCUGCUGCUCAAGGAGGACCACCUGAUGAGUGCCAUGAACAUCAAGCUGGGGCCUGCCCUGAAGAUCUAUGCCCGCAUCAGCAUGCUAAAGGACUCCUAGGGCUGGCAGGGCAGCCAGUCGGGGCCCAGGGCUCCCAACUGGGCACAGCCAGAUAGACAUUCCUGAGGGGCCCAGAGAUGGGGCCAGUCAGUGAGAAGGGCCUCUCUGUAGGGGCAUGGCUGGUGAGGAGGUCUGGGUACCUCCUCAAUGGCUCUCAGGGGCCUUUCAUUUCUUUGUGGGGGGGGCAGAGAGGCAGGGGGCGUAGAAGAUGGGGCUUUAUGCUUGUAAAUAUUGAUAGCACUGGCUUCCUCCAAAGUCCCAAUACUCUAGCCCCGCUCUCUUCCCCUCUCUCUGUCCCCCAUUUUCCAGGGGGUUUAUGGUCAGGGCUCCCCAACAUGAGUUGGGUUAAUUCCAAGGGCAGCCAGCAGGCCUGGGUAGAGGCCGUGAAAGCCCUUGCCUUCCUUCUUUCCACCUCCUUCUCCAGGCCUGGUUAACCUUCCGUUGCCAGCUUCUUACCCUCCAUCCUGUUUUGGCAGCAACGGGGUGGUUCUCCCCUUAUAUCCUGUGCAGGUGGGGAGAGAAGCUGGGCCCAGUUUGGCCAUGCCUGCUGGCAUAGACGCCUUAACGCUGUGUGUGUGACUGUGUGACUGUGUGGGAGCCUGACUGGCAGGCCGUGAGCUGCCCUGUGGCAUCUCCAGGUGUUUGUAGCAAAUGGCCACUUAGUGCUUUGUCCUGGACUCCACUCGGCCUGAGGAUGGGGAAUAGAAAAGAAGGGCAGCCGCUGUGGGGAUUAGAUUUCCUCUCCAGACAUGUCAAGAGGUCUCUGAAGCUCCUCCCCACACUGUGAUGUCCCUGACUGCCCUGCUGUCUCACAAGCAGCAUCAAGGAAGCUGCUAGUGGGGUGGCUGGGCCAUGUAGCCCAGGGGCCGAGCCAGGCGGAGCCUCCUGGACAGCCUGCCUGCUCCCCCUGGAACUCCCAAGGUGGGACCCAAGAACUGAGGGGAGAGAACAGCCAGAGGUAGGAUGUGUGAAGAAGACAGCCUUUGACCUCCCACUCCCACAUUUCUCUGCUUGUAAAACUUCCUAGCAGCAGUAACGCUGGCUGAGGAGGAGGCUGGGCAGGAGAGCAAAAGCUGCCUUUCUCUUGUCCUGUCCUCCAGCCUCCAAGGGUCGAGUUGGACUCUUCCUGGAAGGGGUGGGCAUCGUUCUCAGCUUGUUUUAUUCCCCACCCACACCCCCAGGCAGGAUUGGAAAUGAAGGACUUUUUUUAACCUUUUUUUUUUUUUUAAAUAAAUCUGUAAAAUCUG